AUGGUCAAACCACUAACCUUCAAAGGCGAUAAGCCCAAAAAGCGCAAGCACCGCACCGACGACUCCUCCACCUCCACCCCCAAACCGCCCAAGAUCGCAAGGGACUCUGAACAAGGCCCCGAAGAUGCGGAAGAAGACACAGAAGACCAAAGCUGGGUUUCAGCAGACACGCCCUCUGACCUCGCCGGUCCGAUUGUCCUAGUAUUACCAUCUGAGAAGCCUACAUGUAUCGCCAGCGAUGCGAAUGGAAAAGUUUUCGCCAGUGAAUUGGAGAAUUUGAUCGAGGGCGAUCCGGCGACGGCGGAACCGCAUGAUGUGCGACAGGUCUGGGUUGCGACGAGAGUCGCAGGGACGGAGGGGUUUAGCUUCAAGGGGCAUCAUGGAAGAUACCUAAGCUGCGACAACCACGGCAUUCCCAGCGCAACAUCCUCCGCCAUCUCCCACCGCGAAUCCUUCCUCGUCAUCCCCUCUCCUGACCUCCCCGGUACAUUCGCACUACAAACGCACGGCGGUGAUAGAGAGUCCUUCCUCUCGAUUAGCGAAAGCGACUCCGGACAUAAAGGUGGCGGUGUCGACAUCCGCGGCGACACGACCACGCUCUCCUUCGAAACAACGAUCCGCAUCCGGAUGCAGGCGCGCUUUAAACCGCGCAUUAAGGCGAACAAGGAGAGUAAGGCAAUGGAGAAAAUUAGUCGGAAGGAGUUAGAGGGGAUUGUGGGGAGGAGGUUGGAGGAUUCGGAGGUGAAGAGGUUGAGGAGGGCGAGGAGGGAGGGGAAUUUCCAUGAAGAGGUGUUGGAUGUUAGGGUGAGGGGCAAGCAUGAUAAGUUUGCUUGA